AUGGACGUUGGAAAAAAUCUCGGACCAAACCAGACGGGUGAGACCUUCUGCAAAGGUCCCAUCGUUAUGAAAGGAUAUCUCAAUAGCCCUGAGAUAAAUACAUUUCGUCGUAUUUGGACUUUCAGCCACGAGUCAGUGAAGGAGGCUGUCGUAAUUGGGGUUCCUGAUGCGACCAUAGGCGAAGUUCCGACAGCAUUCGUUGUUCCAAAUAGGGGUUAUGAGGCAAAACCCACGCUCGUCAAGUUCUCAAAGAUGUUGUUGCCUGUAAGUGAUUUUAUCUCUUACCUUUGUAUGACUGAGGCCUUCGUAAAUCCAUGACGCUGAGAAUUUUCCCGACGCAAGGGUUUUUCCAUAACUAUUUUAGCUGAAUGAUUGCGAUGACUUAAGUGAACGGAAACCUACUGGAUAUGUGACAUAUUGCAUAUGUGAAUUUCUAAAAAGUCCACUGUAAAAGGAAAUAGUUUUAACAUGAUGUUUAUCUUCAUAACUUCUACUUAGAGAGAAUUUUUUCACCUUUUAAUGGCAACCAUUUGCUGCUUACAGCGCAAACAUCUAUUGCAAAGAUCUUCACGGUGGGCUGCAAUUCUUGAACAAGCUGCCGAUAAUGGAUAACUGAAAAUUGAAUCGGUCAGAGCUAAAGAAAACACAUAUGGCUCCUUUUAAAAAGGCUAGAGAAUAAAAGGGUAAUAAUUUGAAAUUUUUUUUCUUGUGCGCCGCACAUUGCCACAAAAAAUUCGGUACUCUCCACCGAAGGAGCUGAGAGGUGAUAUAACAGAAGAUAGAAGGAGGAACAGACCUUAACUAAACGUGAUCUACAUCGGACAUAACAUUUAACCAUAGCCCUUCUUCUGUAGCCUUUGGACUAGCUAUUUUGAUCCGAGAACGUCAGAGUAAAAAGUGCGUCAGUUCUUCGCACAGGAGGUGGAUCAGCGUAAUCAAGUCGUAUUUACACUGGUUCUGCUUGAUAAUUGUAUAGCUAAUUACGGGCUGACGAUG